GUCUUCAAAUCCAAGAUGACUUGAAAUGGGGUGAACAUGACGUUGAUGUUAUCACUAAGAAGCGUAGUGGAGUACCUGAGGAUGACCUGAUGAGUAUGUAUACCUCUCUUAUUCGCUCCAUUUUGGAUUACGGCUGCGCUGUGUGGCAUACACGUCUUUUUACCUUGUUGAGAAGAUUGAACGCAUACAGAAGCGAUUUUUUUCGGAUUAUACACCCACACUUAUUUUACCGUGAAGUCUGUAACUGGAUGCCCAAGACUCGAAGACAACCGUCAACGUUUGUGUUUAAAACUUUUUAACAAUUUUAGAACCCAGCCAAUUUCGAAGCUUUCUCACCUUACAGUAUACCUUGCACGAGGUAUGAGUCGCACGGACGACUGGUGCGUAGUGGCAACAACUUUAUACAAAUGUAGAACAGAUAGAUUUAAACAUAGUUUCUUUCCAGCUAUGACGGAGAUUUAUAAUCAGCCUCAUUUGUUUAACUAAGUUUCAGGUAGUUGCAUCCCUACCAAAGAAAGCCUGUUAAUAUUGUUGGCACUACCUACACUGUCUGGCACAGACAGUUCAAAAUUUUCAUGAACAGCGACUUCCAGUCCACUCUCCAACAACCAAAAUCCAGUCCACUCUCCAACAACCAAAAUCCAGUCCACUCUCCAACAACCAAAAUCCAGUCCACUCUCCAACAACCAAAAUCCAGUCCACUCUCCAACAACCAAAACCCAGUCCACUCUCCAACAACCAAAAUCCAGUCCACUCUCCAACAACCAAAAUCCAGUCCACUCUGCAACAACCAAAAUCCAGUCCACUCUCCAACAACCAAAAUCCAGUCCACUCUGCAACAUUUCCUUUAAAUUUUGAUAAAACUAACUUUGGCGGCAACUUUGGUGGAACUUGGGCAAACCCCGAAGUAGAAUUUAACUGAAUCUGGGGUGACGUUGCUUCCAUGGUAACAGUCUCGUGAUUAGUAUUCGCUGCCGUGCUUGAAAUCACAUCAUUUGUACUCGAGUUUUCUCCCGUAUCGUUGCUCUUACUUGGCUCAUUAAUUAGAUAAACUCAACGUCGGAUUAUCUAAAGGAGUAGACAUCGAAUCUUAUCGUAACACGAUCAAUCCAUCUUUAAUGUGUCGCUUGAUAUCCAUGCAAUAUACGCGGUAUUAUAUCCUCUGAUUCGCAUAGAUUUAGAACUUGCGAACCCAAAUCCUUGACUUUUGCUAAUUUGGUUGCCAUAGCACCACCAACCAUACUACUCCAUCACUGACUUGACUCUGUCAAAUCAAUAAUGCUGUAAUUGUUGUUUUAAAAUAUAGACAAUAAAGCUGAGCCAUCAACGGCAUCUUCUCACUCCUACCCAACAUCAAGUCAUAUUCACCGUAACUGGGACAAACUGGCUGCAGACAUAGAGAAAGAAGAGAAGGAUGAAACACUGGAAGGUGAUGCUGCGUUAAAUGAAUUAUUUCAAAAAAUCUAUGGUGAAGGAAGUGAUGAAGUAAAGAGAGCUAUGAACAAGUCCUUUGUCGAGUCUGGUGGCACUGUGCUCAGUACAAACUGGAAUGAUGUUGGAAGUAAGAAAGUUGCAUGUAAACCGCCAGAUGGCAUGGAGUAUAAGAAGUAUUAGGAAAGAACUGUUUGUGUAAAAAGACCAAAGAAUUAAUAGGGUUAUUAGACACCGAAUAUAGGUGCAGGCUUUCACUUGAUGUUUGUUGGAAAACACAUAUACAUGGUAUGGAUAAAUUUAGCAUCAUUUACCCCCUCCGAAAUUGAACCUUAAACUCUAAGCGUGCAAAGCAUAAUGGGAGCAUCAUUUAAUCUGUUUAGAAAUCAUACAUAGUGCCCAUUUCUAAGAGACAUGGUAAUAUCUCCUUACGAGAACAAUUCAUUCACAAAUAGCUACAAUAUCCAACUACUAAGCUUGAAACUUGUGCUCCCAUUAAGCUUUGCGCGCUUAGAGUUUAAGGUAUAUUCGAUGUCAUAUAGAUAGAGCAGAAAUAGUCAUUUUACCUCAAAAGGUUGCCACAACAGCCUGUUUCAUCCAAGAGGAACCAUCAGAUGGCUGAAUUUGAAUUUAUUUUUUCGAGCAAGAUUUAAGAAGUAUUGACAAAUUGACAAUUAAUAUGUUCAUGUUGAAUAUACGCCAUAGAUAUCUGUCUGGUUUUCGUUCGGUAGGCAUUAUGUUAAAGUUGUAUAUGGAUAUGGCGUAGUUAGAUGGACGUCACAAAAUUAUAUAAUUUUAACAAAUAUUGACAGAGGUGUCCUUCAAUUAGCUCUGGGUGGCAAUGCAGACAAAUAUAUCUAUAUGGAAAAUAAAACAGCCUCUGCAGUAUUAUUUGAGAUCUCGUCGCUGAAUAACACUAUAGUGCAAACAGUUAUAGAGUGCCAAGAAAAAAAAAUCAAAAAAGAAAACAUUUUCUUGUAUUAAACCUAAAUGGUUUAAAAGAUGAGUUUAAAUAGUUUGUAGAACGUUCCGAGCUCCUACGGUGGAAGAAAUGGAAAAUUUGACAGUACUGUCUGAGCUCAAUAUUUUCACUCAAUUAUUUUAGUCCCUUCUAUGUAAGUGAAUUAUUAUUAUUAUUAGUCUUUAUUAGAGUGAGGAAGGAGGCAUAACAAACGUGUGCCUUUACCAUUCCAAUUGAGUUGAAUUAUAAUUACAGUGAUUAAAAGUAGAAAUGUAGAAUUAAAGUUGAAUUAUUUUUAUAGUGAUUAAUAAAGUUAAAAUAGCUAAUUAAAAAUAGUCAAAUAAACAUCUAUUUAAAAAUGAGCGUUUAAAACGUUCAGUUUUAAUCAUAGGUAUACAGGAUAAAUGAGUGUUUUCUUUCUCUUAAAGUUCUGAAUCUCCUUUCUGGGAGUAGGUUAUAUAAAACAUGGUCCGGAUCUUUCACAAUUUUUGCAAAUAAUGAUUUGUCUUUCUCCUCAACCAGUUGCGAUGUUUUAUACUCUUUCAAGGUAUAUACCCGUAUUCCGUAUAGGGGGCCAUAAGAUGCAUUUGUGUGAAGGAGGCAAAUAUUAUAAAUAGUAAAGUUUCACAAACAAGAAAAGCGAGACCUUGUAUGGGGAUAUAUUAUGUAUUUGCGAUUUAUUGCUUUUUAUUAUUUCCACGCCAACGCACCAUAGGAAAGAUUUACCUUGUUAGGUCCUACCCAACCUUUCGGUGUUCUGCUCGUUGGUCAACUUUAAUUACAUUUGGAAUGUUCAAAAUAUCUAAAACUAAAGUCGUAUUUACACUACACAUAUAUGCAUGUUCUAGGUCAGGUUUUUGAUUCAAUGAUUGUCUGGCCUGAGUAUCAGACUCUAUUUUUCUAGCUCUAUUUCUAAACAGAGAAUGCUGAGCAUCAACAAUCUAAUUAUAGUUAAAACUGCUAAGGGACGGA